AUGAGAACUGAAGCCUUCCAAACUGCUAACAUCUAUCGCCAUCUUCUCAAGGCGGUCAAGAAACAUAUUGGGAAAGAAGAGAAUAAGAGACAUUUUCUAGAAUAUGUAACCUCCGAGUUUCACAAGAACCGAAAUCUAUCCGAUGGUGUGGCUGUCCAACAUAAAAUAAAGCUUGCUCGUGAUUACACUUACCUUCUUAACAACGUGCAAUAUCACAAGGAGUUGCUUUUCUCAUAUAACAUUGCAGUGGAUAGAUCAGACGAGGUUAAAAGGACACUUAGAAAAUCUGCUGCUAGUGUCGGUCUUCAGCUUCCUGAGGUUUAUCGAUCAUAA